GUUGUCUAGGUUUUCUCUUUGGAUGAUGAUCCAAAUUGAAACAUUGCCCAAACUGAAAUUUAUUGUAUUGGGCCGGCACGGGGCGGCCCGUUUAGCCACCCCAACUCACCCGCCGUGCCGUCCGCCGUCGCCGACGCAAAUCGCCGUCGCUGUCGCUUGGCUCGGAGUUCACCAUCGCCGAGCGUGGAGGUCCACGCCGCUGGUAGCCAUCGCCCGCCCAGAUCUGGCGGCUGUCGCUCUCCGCGGGCGGCGGCUGCGUCCACCGCGAAUCGAGUCCGCCUGAACUGAAUCCAUUCCCCACCGCCGGCAGCCAGGAUGAGUUCCCGGCGGCCGAGGCGGCUGCUGCUGACUCUCCCCGACGAGGUGCUGGAGGAGAUCUUCCUCCGCCUCGACGCCCUCCCCGACCUCGCCCGCGCCUCCGCCGCCUGCGCCACGUUCCGCCGCCUCAUCACCGCCCGCGCCUUCCUCCGCCGCCUCCACAGCCUCCACCCGCGUCCCCUCCUCGGCUUCUUCAAACGGGAAGGCCCAUCGUGCGAGUUCUUCCCCGCCGCGCCGCCCCACUCCUCCUCCGCCGCCGCCAGUGCCGUCGCGCGGGGGGCAGCCGACCUCACCUUCUCCUUCCUCCCCGCCACGCCCGGCGGGUGGCGGCUCCGCAACAUCCGCCGCGGCCUCGCCCUCCUAUCAACCCGCGACGGCGGCGGCGGAUGCUUCUUCCCCGACGUCGUGGUCUGCGACCCCUUGCACCGGCGGUACGCUCAGAUUCCCCAAAUCCCCGACGACCUAGCGGCCCCCAUCCGCCGGAGCGGCAGUUUGCCCAAGGGUUUCGAUUACUUGCUCGCUCCAGCCCGCAGGGAGGAAGAGGAGGAGGAGGAGGAGGAUUCAUCAUUCAAAGUGGUGUGCAGACCCAGGUUGACAGAAGAGUGCGAUAUCACCGUCUUCGUCUUCUCCUCCGGCGCCGGGAUCUGGCGCGCCGCCACAUUGGGCUCCUCCCUCGCAACAGCUAUCUCUGUCACCUCCCGCCCCCGGUGCGUGCACCGCUGCGUCUACUGGCUGACCAGAUUCUUGGACAGAUUGCUCAUCCUGGACACCGACGAGAUGGAAUUGUCCAUGUUUGAUAACUUCCCCCCAUCCACAGGAUUUGUACUGAAUCACACCACUGCGGCCAUUGCGGAGGCAGGGGAAGACAGGCUUGGGGUGUUUAACCUUGAUGUUCACAAUGUCAAUCUCCUCUCUAGGGCGAUCAGGGGCAGCGCCGACGAACAGUGGCGGCAUGACAAGACUAUCCCAUUGCUCCCUGGCUACAGUAUUUGGAGAUUUGUAAAUCACGCUGAUGUUGACGGCUACAUACUCCUAGGAGGAGUUUUGGGCAGCGGUUUGCAGUCUGAUCCCAUUACUGAUGGAUUACAGUAUUUCUCACUGGACCUCAAGACAUUUCGGCUUGAGAGGCUGUGUCCCAUGACAAUCUACCAAGCAAGGAACUCUCCAACUGAGUUAUAUACAAGCUUUCCGCCACCAUUAUCGCUUUCAAGCAUAUGAAAACAGGAUGCAAUUGGCACGGGAGUUGGACAGGCCCGCCCCACUCAUUUCUACAGGCUAUAGUGUCCAACGGGUUGGCGAGUUGACCAACCAAGCAAUGAAGCAAGUAACCUAACAAACUUCUUAGUUGUACCCAUACCAAGUAAAUUUCUGAACUAAUCUACUUAUCCUUGUUACUGCUGCUCUAUAGCAUCGCAUGAAAUCAAAUAGGAAUGAAUAAUUAUGGUCAUUUUCUGAAAACAAACGAGAUUCUAGUCAUUUUCUCAACUGUGUUCAGCAAUUCAGCUUUCAGAGACAGCCUGCACGUGUACAGUACUAUAUAAGAACAACUUAUUUGUGCACCCAACUUCAUGAUGCAUGAAUUUCAGAAGGAGAAACAUUUUCUCUUCAUGAUAUACCAACUAUUGCUCUUGACAAUUCACAAACAGAACCUGGAGAUUCUGAACCUUGUUUGUCUCCUGCAAUUCUGCUUACAACUCACCUGAAGAUUCUGGAACUAGAUUGCAGCCGUGUCUGAUGUUCAAAGCACAGUAAAAUUAAGGCUCUCGAUGCGUCUGAUACAUCUGCAGCGUACACGGAUGUGGCAUUUGUAGAACUCCAUAAUACUUACUAGCUCUUUGAUGACAUGUACUUAUUUCGUUUGCAACUCUUCAUCAAUAUAUUAGUACAAUCUGUAGGCUCUACCUAUAGUUUGCAGAGUAUCAAGGAGAUAAAUAGUUUUUUUUUGUCAGUUUUCAUGUUGUGGUGAAUGGAUUGAGUGAGCAGCAACCAAAUGUAUCUCUGUGCAUAAAUUUCAAAUAUUUGUCUAUGCUAGGAAAUUAGGUUUGCCAUUUGAAGCACUUAAUACUUCUGACAUUUUGAUAGAAUGUUCCUUGAUGACUACUAGCAUCAAUAUAAUCUUCGGUGUUUCUGUUCUCUUGUCACAUUGAUCAGGACUUGCCAAGGCCCAAGGGGGGACGGAGCAGCUUCGGUUGUGAAGAUUUAUCUGAUACCAUGCAAGACCAGCUGCUACUGGUUGUAAUGGCAUCGAUUUAUUGCUACUCUUCUUUCUUUUUUCCCCCUCUUAUGCUGCAUUUUGGAACUAAAGUUGCUAGUAGUUUGCAAAGCAUAGUAUUCAGGCUGCCCCGCCCCUGAUGCAUAUGAUGCAUUUCAGUGUAUGCUCGUUGUUAAUUAAGUUUGUUGUUAUCCUUAAUCUGAUGUCAAUUUGAGUACGGGAGGCUCUCUUUCCUUGCUACUAGUUUCAGAUUGGCUACAUCUGCACCGUAAACAGACAGAUUUGUACUAUAUAAAAGUUAAUUUAUUUUAGAACAGAGAGGCUAUACCUUAAAUC